AGUUCCUCCCUAACUGCGUCCUCCAUGAGAGGGGAGUGGACAGAAUGGCCGUGGAGGAUCGAUGUGUCAAAUAACCACCCAUGUGCCGCAAUUGUCCGGUUGCACGUGUUGCAGAGAGCAAUGGAGGUGUUGCAAACUGACAAAUACUACAUCUUCAACAGGGGUCAAGAUUCCCUCUGGUGUGACAGGAGGACGGGCCAAUUCCAAGCCAAAACAUGUUGGGACCUUGCAAGUGCCGAAAAUCCAACAUGUCUGGGAAUAAUCCACCUUCUCCUCGGCAAGCUACAAAUCCAUCCGGAUUUAUCGCCACGACUGGUGCUAGUGUCAGGGGUACGAGAAGUUGGUAGCUUGGCUGAGGGUCAACGUGUGUGGUGCAUUACACGUGUUGUUUUCCUGCCGCUAAAUUCACCUCCAGAUGCUGACUUCAGUAUACUUCCAUGCAAAAAACAUGCCAACCAUCCAUCCAGUCUUAGUGGAGAAAAAAAGCUUGGAUUACCAUUUGGAGACUUGCAACAGAAGGUGGCUCUUUCGAAGACAUUUGGGACGAUUCGUAGUGUUACAUCGACAAUAAAAAGUGCAACUGUUAAUGCGGCAGCAACAGCAACUGGACAGAGCAAAGUGCGGCGUGAUGGAAGGGAUAGAGACAGAUAUGAGCGCAGAGUUUUAGACGAGUUAAGCAAGAUGUUCAAUGACUCUGACUCCUUCUAUUUCUCGUCAGAGGCAGAUUUAACGAGUUCAUUGCAACGACAGAGUUUAUCUUCUUAUGACCGGAGUUUGCCAAUUUGGCGAAGAGCUAAUGAUAAUUUUUUUUGGAACAGGCAUCUUCUUAUAGAUCUGAUUAGUCAAGAGGGAUCAAAUUUUGAUGUCUGGAUUGUUCCGGUAAUACAGGGUUUUGUGCAAAUAGAGGCAGUACCUCUAGAUGCCCCAAUAUCUUCACCAGAUGAUUCAGUAGAUAAGAGUCGUGAUCACUAUACCUUAACCUUAAUAUCGCGGAGAAGUCGUUACCGAGCAGGAACAAGGUAUAAGAGGCGAGGAGUGGAUGAAGAAGGUUAUGUAGCCAAUUACGUGGAAACAGAACAGAUAGUGUCCUACUCCCAUCACAGAGUGGCAUUUGUUCAGGUCCGAGGAUCUGUGCCUGUCUUUUGGAGUCAGCCGGGUUAUAAAUACCGCCCACCUCCAAGAUUGGAUCGAGAUACUGCUGAAACAAGCUUAGCAUUUAAGAAGCAUUUUGAAAGGGAAGUAUCCCACUAUGACCAUGUGUCCUGCAUUAGUCUAGUGGAGCAGACAGGGAAAGAGAAGGUCAUUGCAGAUGCCUACCUGAAUCACAUCUUCAUGCUCGACUCAUCUGACCUCACCUUUGUCACCUUUGACUUCCAUGAAUACUGCCGUGGAAUGCGUUAUGAGAAUGUGUCUGUCCUGAUUGAAGGCAUAGAAGAUUGUAUUUCAAAAAUGCUUUACUGCUGGGUAGACAAGGAGGGCACAAUCUGCCGUCAGAGUGGUGUCUUUAGGGUUAACUGCAUUGACUGCCUUGAUCGAACAAAUGUUGUUCAGACUGCCAUUGCCAAAUCAGUUUUAGAGGGCCAGUUUGUCAAGCUGGGCAUGAUCCCCCCAGAACACCCACUGCCACCUGCUUGCCGUUCCACGCUCCAGAUUAUGUGGGCCAACAAUGGUGACACUAUUAGUAAACAAUAUGCAGGAACUUCGGCUCUGAAGGGAGACUUCACUCGCACUGGAGAACGUCGAUUUGCUGGAAUGAUGAAGGAUGGAAUGAACUCAGCAAAUAGAUACUAUAGGAAUCACUUCCUUGACGCUUACCGUCAAGUAGCCAUUGAUGUAAUGCUGGGCUUGGAACUCUCUGAGGAUCAGUGGCAAGAAAUCAAUUAUGUCGAGACUUUGCUCAAUGUUGCAAGUGCCUUAAUGCCAAUUGGUCCACCCUCUUACAUGGCUGAAAUCGCCCCAGGCAACGAGAAAUACCUAGCAAGUGCCCUCUAUUCUUUGUCCAGAUAUUACAUGAACAGGUUUAAGGAUGCCUAUCGUCAAGCCACAAUUGACCAUUUAUUAGGAAACCCAAUCAGGGACGACAUGAUCACAUUCAACCCCGAGCUUGCUGGCGAGGAAGAGGAGUCCUCCAUGACUCCUGAGCAUGUCAAGCAUGUCAUUGAUGACUGUAAAAAGUUGCUAGUGCCGGAUGCAGAAACAAUCCUGGGAGCUUGGGGACUCAUUGAUGCUGACCCAUCCACUGGAGAUCCAGACCAAACUGACAUGGACAUCAUUCUGGUGUUGACAAGAGACUCAUAUUAUGUUGCUCAGUAUGAUGAGGAAACGGACCAGAUCCUGCGUUAUGAGCGUGUGUCGUUGAUAGAUCUGGAGAAGAUAGAGAUGGGACCAUACACAUG